AUGAGGGAAGGCUCCCAGCUCGGCCGGAUUCCUGCGGAAUUCCGAGAGCUGCUGCCGCUCCGGGGUGCGAGCGCCGGGACGCCGCAGCUCCCGCCCCGUGCCCAUGUGUCUCCCAACACCCGACUCCGUGUUGUCCUUGCCCGCCUGCGUGGCCGUGCUUCCCUGACCCGGGUGUCCGUGCAGCGACAGAUGCAACCAAAAGGCGUCACGCCCGUGCCCUUCGGGCUGCAGAACGCCGUCUUCGCGAUUACAGAUUUGUCGCUCCCCAACUACCUGAUGGCUUCUUCGGUCGGGCUGCUUCCUACUCAGCUCCUCAACUCCUACUUGGGCACCACCCUGCGUACGAUGGAGGAUGUGAUCGCAGAGCAAAGCGUCAGUGGAUAUUUUAUAUUCAGUUUGCAGAUUGUCAUCAGCAUAGGACUCAUGUUUUAUGUGGUUCACCGAGCUCAAGUGGAGCUGAAUGCAGCCAUCGUGGCGUGUGAGAUGGAAAUGAAGACGUCCCUUGCUACAGGCAGCCCACCCAGCAUCAGUGGUUCAACCACGUCAUGCAACAAGAGGACAGUAGCAUUUGCUGGGGGAGGGAUCAAUAUCGUGUGA